AUGGAAUGGAAGCCAACAGGCCAGGUCAUAGGAUGCACAAGGAAAGCCAAGGGUCAACCUGAGGAACCAAUGCUGAAGACAGAAAGGCUAGCUCAACAGAUAGAAAUGCCAGAAAAAUCAUAUGACUAUGGGCCCAAUCUGCCACCAGAGGACUGGAUAUAUGAUGAACAAUAUCCAGAGCAUGCUGGGACAUUUCUGAAUCAAGUACUACAGCAAUAUGUGUCUGACAUGCUGCAGAAGGUUGGAUGGGUGAAAUGUGGAUGGGAGCAUUCUCCUCUGACACAGAAUGAACGGCAGAUGGUCGACAUCCAUAUCAUGAAAGAAAAUGAUCUUGGAGGAGUGUUGACACAUGCACGAAUGCAUGAAGGAACAGAGAGCCAGUGGGAUUCACUGUUUGACAACAUCUUCCGGACUCCAAAUGAACUCAACACGAGGAAACGACAGUCUGCACGGAGUAACUGGGGAAAGAUGAAAUCAAUCAAGAUGUGGGAAGGAUUUGUGCAUGAUAUGUCUUCUUCACCACAAGUGGAAGAUAUGCAAAGAGCACUGAAAAGGGCAUUUGAUGAAUUCCUGUGGUGUGUUUGGUCUGAUAGCACACAGAAUGUUGAGGAAUGGGGGGAUAGGGAGGAUAAAGAGGAAAUCAUGGCGAUAAUUGAGAGGGAAGAAAGAGAGAAGCAAAAAGAGAUGGACAUGCAGGAAAGAGAAGAUCACAUUCUCCAAGAGCGCAGAGAAGAAGAGGAAUCAUCAGAGGAUGAAGCAGAGCCAGACAUCAGGAGGCAAAUAACAGAUGAAAGGGAACCAAUCACUAUGGAAGGGAACAGAGGGAUGCUACUGGGAGAGCCCAUUGUGUCACCCACUCAGCGUCGAAAUUGA